AUGCAACUUGCUUCCAAGAUGAACAGAACAUUGCCCCAGCUAAACUCUUCAGGAAGCAGCGAGAGCAGCUGUUGGCAGCUGGUGUCUAUCCUCAUUCCUCUAGCGUAUUCUCUGAUUUUCCUGGUAGGCACGGUGGGCAAUUCUCUGGUGCUGGCAGUGCUGCUGAGGAACAGGCAAGUCAACAACACCACCAACCUCUUCAUCCUCAAUCUGGGAGUGGCCGACCUGUGCUUUAUAGUCUUCUGUGUGCCCUUCCAGGCCACCAUCUACACCCUGGACGACUGGAUCUUUGGGCCACUCAUGUGCAAAGCAGUGCAUUUCUUCAUCUACCUGACCAUGUAUGCCAGCAGCUUCACCCUCACAACUGUAUCUCUAGACAGGUAUCUGGCCAUAAGGUACCCUUUGCAUUCAAGAGAACUCCGAACCCCCAGGAAUGCCCUCACCGCCAUUUGUCUCAUCUGGGGCCUUUCCUUCGUCUUCUCUGGACCUUACAUCAGUUACUACCAGGAGUUUCAGGUGGCCAAUGUUACCGUCUGCCAUCCCAUCUGGAAAGUCUCUCAGCGCAAAGUUAUGGACCUCUGCACUUUUGUCUUCAGCUAUGUCAUUCCUGUGCUGAUUCUGAGCCUCACCUAUGUGAGGACCAUCCGUUACCUCUGGACGUCGGUGGACCCCAUUAAAGACAUCGAUUCCAAGAAGGGCAAGCGCAAGGUCACUCGUAUGAUCAUCAUUGUGGCUGUUCUCUUCUGCCUUUGCUGGCUGCCCCAUCACUUGGUCAUCCUCUGCUUUUGGUUUGGCUACUUCCCACUGAACAGCGCGACCUACGUGCUUAGAAUCCUCUCCCACCUGAUUUCAUAUGCCAACUCGUGUGUCAACCCCAUCGUCUACGCUCUGGUAUCCAAGCAUUUCCGUAAGGGAUUCAAGAAGAUCUUCAGUUGCCUCUUGCACAAAAGAGUAACCAGCAAGGUUCAUGUGGCACAGGUGACUCACACAGUGAGCAUCUUGGAAGCGGACCUUACAGAGGUGAUACACGUCAGUGAGCCCACGCAUGCCAGGGCCUCCAGCUGCUGUCAAAUCCCCAUCCAGACAUGGGGUGAGGCAGAGCAGCUGAGUCGCCGAGAGAAAGUCACCAACCCUUUCAUCACUUUCAAUGUCACUUAGAAAAGUGCCUUUUCUCUAGGCUCUAACCAAAGGAUGAAUUCCUUGACAACUGAAAGAUGUACGGUUUU